AUGGACACAUGGAGAAAAUUGUCUGAGCAAUCAUUUGAUGUGAUCAUUGCUGAUGCUAAUAAUUACUUUGGCAGGGUCCUAGGUGGCCACUUCAAUGUUCCAGUUAUUGCGUAUUCUAACUGGGGACCAAUGGCGCAUGAUUUCAUAUACCCUAUCAACCCAUCAUAUAUACCAACAGACUUUACAAACUCUCAUUUAAGUGAUACAAUGGAUAUAUGGGAACGAUUUUCUAACACAUGGGAAUUCCUUCGUUUUCAAUACUAUGCAGCUGCAGCGCAAGAAAAGGUGAAACAGGUUUGCUUAAACUAUAAACACAUAAAAACUGAGGCUUGUGAUAAUAUCGUAGACUUCCCUAAAACUGUAUCUCUCGUCCUGAUGAACAGAAAUGAUGCACUUCAUUACCCUGCCCCGUUCAUGCCCCACAUAAUAUCUGUGGAAGGUUUCUUCCUGGACAAAGUUGAACCUCUGAGUGGAAUAUUUAGGGACAUUGUUGAAAAAGCUAACAACCAUGGUGUCAUUGUUGCAAGUUUUGGAUCAUUAUUUCGUAAAUUACCAAUGGAUAUGGCAGAAGUUUUUGCAGAAGCAUUCGCCUCUAUGAAUCAAACAGUUAUCUGGAGCUAUGAUGGGCCGAAACCGAAACAACUUGGAGAUAAUACAUUCAUCAGUGAAUGGAUACCACAAAGUGAUUUACUGGCACACAGUAAUGUGAAACUGUUUGUGCAACACUGUGGUGUAUCAGCAACAUUUGAAGCCCUCAACAGUGCAGUCCCAAGUGUUGGCAUCCCAUUUAUAGCUGAUCAACUAUACAACUGUGAAAAACUAGCCAAUCGUGUUGGUUCGCUCAAAACCAUCAAUAUGAGGGACUUAACAAGCGAACUGCUUCAAUCAGCGAUGACAGAGGUUCUGUAUAACACCAGCUAUAAGGAAAACGCAAAGAAUGCUGCUGCUAUAUAUCAUAGUCAACCUAUUAGCCCAAAGGACAAGGUUGCAUAUUGGGUUGAAUAUGUUAUACGUCACAAAGGAGCACCCCACCUGCAAUCACAGGGCGCUAACAACUUGAACAUAUUUCAAUAUUUGUUGCUGGAUGUUAUCGGACUAUUUGUGGGUCUUGCAUGUGCCUUCAGUGGCAUUAUAAUUUACUUCAUCAAGUUCAUCAUAAAGAAGUUCACCCAUUUGUCCAAAAAAUAUAAAGCCGAGUAACAUUUUACAAUUGUUCACCAAUGAACUGAUUAUUGACUUCUGCAUCAUCCCAAGGGAAUAAUGUGAAUUAUUACCACCUUGCCGAGCCAGUUCUAGGGGUUUUAGUGCUAGUUUAGAAGGCAUUCAUUUUACUAUAUCGACCUGAGAAAUGUGUGACUUCAAAGUGGUGGUCCAUAUGGACCGGUCUAGAAUAUAUUCUGGACGGGCAAUUUUCCCCGGGAAAUUAGAUAUC